UGGCUGAGCAAGCGGCGCUAGGACCCCUGGGCAGAGCCUCGGGGAAGGGAGUCAGGGGGGAAGUACCUUACAUGGUGCCGCCGCGGUCACCAUCUGAGCCCGCUGCCCAAAAUAGCCCCCGGCGCCCGCUGGCCUGCCUCAUGGCUGGGAGAUGGCUGCUGCCUCCGACCCCGUGGAAUUGGGUGCGCCCUGGGGACCCGCGCGCCCCGAGCCCCCUCCCACCCGCUUCCACCCGGUACACGGUGCCAACAUCCGCGUGGACCCCUCCGGGACGCGGGCCACACGCGUGGAGAGCUUCGCCCACGGCGUGUGCUUCAGUCGCGAGCCGCUGGCCCCCGGCCAGGUGUUCCUGGUGGAGAUCGAGGAGAAAGAGCUGGGCUGGUGCGGGCACCUGCGCCUCGGCCUGACUGCGCUGGACCCCGCCAGUCUGUCCGCCGUGCCCGAAUUUUCGCUGCCCGACCUGGUCAGCCUCGGCCACACCUGGGUCUUCGCCAUCACGCGCCAUCACAACCGCGUGCCCCGGGAGGGCCGCCCGGAGGCGGAGGCGCUGGCCCCCAGCUGCCCCCCAGCCCUCCUGGUGGAACCGCAUCUGUGCAUUGAGCAGUUUCGCAUUCCCCGCGACCGCCUGGUGGGCCGCAGCCGUCCCGGGCUGUACAGCCACCUCUUGGACCAGCUCUAUGAGCUGAACAUGCUGCCUCCGACCGCGCGCCGGAGCCGCCUGGGUGUUCUCUUCUGCCCGCGCCCCGACGGCACGGCUGACAUGCAUAUCGUCAUCAACGGCGAGGACAUGGGCCCCAGCGCCCGGGGGCUGCCAGCCGCCCAGCCCCUCUACGCGGUGGUGGACGUCUUCGCCUCCACCAAGAGCGUGCGCCUGGUCCAGGUCGAGUAUGGCUUGCCGUCCCUGCAGACUCUGUGCCGCCUAGUGAUCCAGAGGAGUGUGGUGCACCGGUUGGCCAUUGAUGGGCUCCACCUGCCCAAAGGACUUAAGGAUUUCUGCAAGUAUGAGUGAAGGCCUGCAGCCACCCUGGAGCAGGGCCACGUGAAUGAAUCCUGGCCCCAGAGGUGUGGCUGCCCUGAAGCUGGCCAUACUGAUAAGAGCCGGGAUGGAAAUAAACACAGUCGUAGCUGA